GAAAGAUACCACAUAGCUCUGCGCAACAAAUGCAACAGUUAUUUUGUAUUACAACUAUUCACCUCUAUAUUAUUAUCAUAUUUACUUUGGCUAUAUUUUAGUGUUGUUAAUUCAGCUCCACAUUAUUUUAUCGUUAAUUGAACCUUACUAUUUGUCCCGAAAUAUUUAAUUUGAAAGAAUGAGUGCCACCAAUAUAAGCCGAUUAAUAGUUUCGAAAUUGUUAACUAACAAUUCCGCUUUAAAAUGUAAUAAAGCUGUUAAAAAUGUGAGGUUAUAUAGUUUAGCUGCAGCUGCAAAAGAAACAUUUGAAUUUGUCAAAGUAUCCAAAGUUGGAGAAAAACAAAAUGUUGGACUCGUUCAACUUAAUCGACCAAAAGCUUUGAACGCUCUUUGCACAGAUUUAAUGAAUGAAGUUGGAACAGCACUGAAGUCCUUUGACAAUGAUAAAUCAGUAGGUGCCAUUAUCUUGACUGGUAAUGAAAAAGCCUUUGCUGCAGGUGCUGAUAUAAAGGAAAUGGUUAACAAUACAUUUACUCAGUGUAUUACUGAAGACUUUCUUGGAAAUUGGACUUCAAUAUCAAGAGUUAGGAAACCUGUGAUAGCAGCAGUGAAUGGAUAUGCUCUUGGUGGAGGCUGUGAAUUAGCAAUGAUGUGCGAUAUUAUAUACGCCGGCGACAAAGCUAAAUUUGGUCAGCCAGAAAUCCUUAUUGGAAUCAUUCCUGGAGCUGGUGGCACUCAAAGACUUAUACGAUCAGUUGGAAAGUCCAAAGCAAUGGAAAUUGUUCUAACUGGCGAUCAAAUAACUGCUCAAGAAGCUCAUCAGAUAGGUUUAGUAAGCAAAGUUGUACCAGCAGACCAAUUGCUCAGCGAAACUGUAAAACUUGCAGAGAAAAUAGCAAAUAAUUCACAAGUAGCUAAUGCUAUUGCUAAGGAGUCAGUUAACACUGCAUUGGAAACAACUUUACAAGAAGGACUGCACUUUGAGAAGAGAUUUUUCCAUUCUUGUUUUGCCACCAAGGACCAGAAGGAAGGAAUGAAAGCGUUUAUUGAAAAAAGGAAGCCAAAUUUCCAACAUGAAUGAAGUUUAAUGUUGUUCAGUAAUUGUUUGUUAGAUUUUUUAUGAUUGAGAAUUUUAUAUCUUUAAUAAAAAUAUAUGCUAUAGAAA